UGUAAAGACGACAGAAACGACGACGACAACAACGGAAAAACCUAUAUAUCGGAGCGAUGACUUUUGGCGUGGUGUUAUUUUUGGAGGAUUUCUUGCCUUCAUAAUGCUUUCCUGCUUUUGUUGUAUAAUGACCACCUGCUGUAAUAAGAGGACCAAUCGAUUCUGCGGCAAAACUUGUCUAAUGCUUCAUGCAAUAAACCUCACCAUCUUCACAUUAAUUGGACUCGGAGUCUUCUUCGUCUACACUAUGGUGGAUAAUCCAAGUGGACUCAUCGUCUUCAUCCUCAUUCUAAGUCUUACUUGCUGCUGUAUGGUCUCAACAUGUUGCAUCGUUCACAAGUACUACAAAUACGAAGAAGGGAAGCUAAAAGACCAGGAAAAACGAAGGAGGGAGAAAGAAAAAGAAGAAGAAAAAGCAGCAAGACUGAAGCACGCGCAAUACAAAAAAGAAAUCGACCAGGUCAUCGACGAAUAUAUUGCAGCGACCAAGGAUUUCGAAGACAUCAAUCCGGAAGUGAUCAAACAUGCGAAGAAAGCUCAAAACCUGCGGCCGCGUCAAAUGCCUCUUCCACCUUACUGUUCAGUUGGUCUGAGCACGGAUUCUGAUCGACAUCAGGUAAAAACCUGA